UCACUUUCAGAGUCCUCACGAAGCAGCCAGAAGGUCCUCGGGAGAAGCAGCCAACCAACCAAGUGGUUGUCGUGGCCCCAUCACCACCGACAGCCCUUCUCUUCACUCUUCUCUUGGCUCUUCUUUGCUGAAGAUGAACGUUUUGAGCGACUCCAGGCUCCGAGCCCCCCCGGAAGCCCACCGCGCCCCGGCGCCGGACCUACCCUCCGGCCCCUCUGCGUUGGUCUCCCGUCUCCGCACGGCAACGGGGGCUUCCGCCAGAGGGGGCUCCUCCAAGGCGGGCCGGGAACUAAGCGCCAAGGAGCAGCAGGAGCUGCGCAGGAAGAUCAACAGCCGCGAGAGGAAGAGGAUGCAGGACCUCAACGUGGCCAUGGACGCCCUGAGGGAGGUCAUGGUCCCCUACGCCUCCUCCGCCCCCUCCUCGGCACCUCCUCGCCUGGCGGGCGCCCCUCCCGGACGCCGGCUCUCCAAGAUCUCCACGCUGGUGCUGGCGCGCAACUACAUCCUGCUCCUGGGCUCGUCGCUGCAGGAGAUGCGUCGGCUCCUGGGCGAGCUCGGCGCGGGGUCGGGGCCCGGCCCUCGGCUGCUGCUGACCGGGGGCUGGCCCCUCGUCUCGGGCCCCGGGCGGCUACUCCUGGCCCGGGAGCCCUUUGGAGGCUCGAGAGCCUCGCCCCCUCUGCCCGGCGUCCUCAAGUGUGUACCCCCACUGUCCCCCGGGCCCCCGGAAAGCCCGCUGACCCCCGCGCGGUGGGGCUUGGGGCCUCCCCUGGGGUCAUGCUUGCCCCCCUGCCCGUGCGUGGCCUGCGGGCUGCCCAGGUUUGUCCAGCCGGCCCCGCCUGCCAGGUUCCCCAAGUGACGCCUGCGAGUCCCCCACCCACAAAAGGACCAAGGGAUGAAGAUGUUGAGGAAUUGUGUUGAGGCGACCUCUGAAGGGGAAACUUUGGGGUGGGCGUUGUUGCUACUACUCGUAGGGCCCUAGCCCGACCCCCCAGCGUGAAAAGACCAGUGUUGUAAUGAUGACGCCUUUUGAUUCUUUGCUCUCUCGCUCUCUGUGUGUGACAACGCGUUCAAACGGACAGAAAAAGUGAGAAGAAGAAGGCUGGCCAUCCCGACGAGCACUUGGUGGGGAUUACGGCCGCUGCGAGCGUGAGGCGCACAAAGGAGGCGCUGCACGCAAUUAGGACAGAUUACGGCAAAUAAGGACGAGGGGGCGGGGCCUCAUCAAAAUCGGACGCUCCAUCUUGUAACGUUCAUUUGCAUAAAGCUGCUUCGUGCGGGAUUAGCUACCUUGCGACUUGGUCCACUUGCCUACCUUUUAUCCCCCCCCCCCAUCUUGAGAGCGCCCCUGAGAGGGUGUCGCUUUCUACUGCCGGCUGCUCUCAUUGUUGCAGCGUCGCGGGGGUCCGCUCGCGCUUUGGCUUGCCACUUUAACUCAUCUCCUGCGCGCGCGCGCGCGCGCACACACACGCGCGCACACACGGAGUGAAAUCGUUCCACAGAAAGCUCCAGCAAAUGCCCUCUGCUCAAAUCGUCGCAUAUUUCGAGGCAUUGAGAGCCCGCAAAAAUGUCGCACCAUCAAAUAGAAACGCAAACAAGAGCGUCGAUCGAUGGAGAAAUUAAAAUGAGCAAAAGGGAGACGCUCAUAAAACAUUCAAAGACAAUCGAGAAAGGAAAGCAAAAGCUGCAAGGCGCUCAAAUAC